AUGGGCAGACAACAUAGCUUUCCUUUCCUUGUUGCAAUUCUCACCUAUCUCUUUACUUCAUCUUUAUCAAAUGCAGCACAUUAUAAUGUCCUAUAUUAUGGAGCCAAGCCUGAUGGCAGAACUGAUUCCACAAAAGCCUUUCUUGCUGCCUGGAUACAAGCUUGUGGAUCAGUUAGGCCAGCCACCGUGUAUGUGCCUGCAGGGAGGUUCUUUCUGCGAAAUAUAGUGUUCCAGGGUCCAUGCAAGAAUGGUGCGAUAUUUUUUCGCAUAGUUGGUACACUUGUGGCUCCAUCAGAUUAUCGAGUUAUUGGUAAUGCAGGGAAUUGGCUUUUAUUUCAGUUCGUCAAUGGUGUUACAGUUUAUGGUGGAGUUCUUGACGGACAAGGUCCUGCUUUGUGGGCUUGCAAGGCAUCUGGCAGGAAUUGCCCCACCGGUGCCACUUCACUGGCGUUUUCCAAUUCAAAUAAUAUAGCAAUCAGUAGACUAAUUUCACUGAACAGCCAAAUGUUCCACAUUGUCAUCAAUGGCUGCCACAACGUGAAAGUGCAAGGUGUGACCGUGUCUGCCUCUGGCAACAGCCCCAACACCGAUGGCAUUCACGUACAAUUGUCGAGUAGUGUCGCAAUCCUCAACUCCUGGAUUGGAACUGGCGAUGAUUGUAUCUCAAUCGGUGCUGGCACCAGUAAUAUGUGGAUUGAAAGAGUCGCAUGUGGCCCUGGCCAUGGAAUCAGUAUUGGGAGCCUGGGAAAGGAACUUCAAGAGCCAGGAGUAGAGAAUGUGAUUGUUAAAUCUGUUGUAUUUACUGGAACUCAGAAUGGAUUGAGAAUCAAGUCUUGGGCCAGGCCUAGCAAUGGCUUCGUGAGAAACAUACGUUUCCGAGAUGCUGUUAUGAAAAAUGUCCAGAACCCAAUUAUCAUCGACCAAAAUUACUGUCCUAACAACAUAAACUGUCCUAAUCAGGAAUCUGGAAUUAAAGUGAGUGAUAUUACAUAUCAUGGUAUCUGGGGAUCAUCAGCAACACCAGUGGCAGUGAAGUUUGAUUGUAGUAGGAAGAGCCCAUGCACUGGAAUCUAUCUGGGGGAUGUGAAUCUGACAUACAGGAAUCAGCCAUCUGAAGCAUCAUGCAAAAAUGCCGAUGGAGUAGCUAUUGGUUUCGUUCAGCCAAGUAGCUGUCUGUAG